GCACCAAAGCGCGCGUCAUCCGAUCUUUCGAGCCUUCUCCGGGGCGAACCAAUUGAUCUCACUAAUGAGAACUACUGUAAACUGAACGGUGAACGAAAACCGGCGGGGCCUUUUUUCAGACUCUUCCAAGGAUUUCAAUCUCCAGUAGUAGAUCUCUAAAUCUCAUCAUCAUUGAACUUUCAGGAUGGCGUUUUCUCAAGAUAUUGAAGACUCUGGCCGUCCAAAGAAGCUUCAUAAUAAAGCCUCAGUUCCCUCCAUAGAGAGGAAGCAACCAGGCACAAACUUCAUGGGCAAGUUAUUUGGCAAGCAGCCAGAGAACAAAGGCAGACAGGAAGACUCUUUGGGACCGGAGAUCGGCGAUAUUAGCCGAAUGGCAUACUUGGGCAACCUGAAGCCUGCUGUGUUCGUCCGGCCAAAUGACCCAUCACACCAAGGCUCUCAAAUGCAACCUCGUAGAGAAGAAGGCCUUCCUCCCCGGGGAGCACGCUCGGAAGACGGAUCAGAUUCGUUUGUGUCUCCUAUUACUCGAGCACGUAACCGUGCGGAGACGGAUGCAAUCCUAACCGGCCGCGUCUCAGAAGAGGACCCAGAGUUCGCUGCGGAGGAAGAUACUUUCGAUAAUAGUGCCGAACAUGCCGAACAAGAAAAUUUUGAUAACAAUUUCGAACAUCCCGAGCGAGAAGGUUUCAACAGCAAUUUCGAAUAUGCCGAGCGAGACGCUUUCAACAUUGACGAGAGUGACAAUGUCAAUGAUGUUUGCGGAUCCUCUGAGGAAUGCACUGUCGAGUGUGUUUCUUUGCAACGUGAUACGCCUCGUGCAGACACUCCCGAUCUCAAUACUAAGCAGCAAAUCGAGUACGUCGCCGUCAUCAACGGGCAAGGCCGCGCGGGAGCUGAGCAGUGGAAGCACUACCUCGAGUGCUAUACGAAUGGCCAAUUCAGCUUAAUCAGACCCCCGCCUCCACCUCAGUACAGCCGCAACUUUAGAUUCCUCAGCGCAGUCUACCCUCCGAACGAGGCUGAGAGGCUGUCACUGUGCGCCAAGUAUGAUAUUGUAUGGGCCCACGGAUCUGAAUGUGAGAAGCUCGGUCUACUGGUUGCUCAAACCAUCAAGAGAUUUGGCGCGCUCUCCGGAUGCGUCAGCUUCUUCGAUGAGCAGAAUGAGGUGGUCAAGAUUGAGAGCGGAUACCAGCGAUCGCUGAUUGACCGUAAUACCAGCAUUGCAGCUCAUGUUCUGUACGCUUCGGACGUCAUGGUUGUGUUGGAUACAAAACAGGACUGGCGAUUUGAAAACAAUCCGCUCGUGGACUUCAAGCCAAGGAUCCGAUUCUUUGCUGGAGCACCAUUACUGUCUACUGGAGGUGAGGUGGUCGGCGUUCUCUCAGUAUUUGGAAAGGAGCCUCGAAUUGCCUUCACCCCUCAGCAGCGUAGUGAGCUUGCAGAGUUCGGCAAGGAUGUCAUGAAGGAGCUCAACUUUCUAGCCGACACUUUGACGGACCCCGAUUUAAGAACUACCCCACUUCUUGAACGGGACUCUAUCAUAAAUGGUGUCUACAAGCCUCGAAACUUAAGGUCACCACUAAGACUAUACAGUACAGAAGAUGUAGAGCCGAACCUUAUGCCAUCUGCACUUCAAUGCCAAAUGAAGUCUCCGAUGACAAACUCUCGACCCUUUAUCAACAGCCAGAACAACUUUGGUCCUCAUGGCGACCCAACGCCUCCUUCGUCUUCAGAGUCACACAACAACAGCUUCUUCAACAAGCCACAAAGCUUCGGCAAGAACUAUGAGCAACUCUGCGAGGAUCCGGUGCUCAACGGCCAGGCAACCUCGGGUUCUGGAAACCGUCGUGUUUCAACUCCCCGCCCAUUCUCCUCUUCUGACCUUACCUCUAUCCACCCGCAUCCCCCGAAUACUCCAGACCGUUCCCUCAUGGAGGAGGACCUGUCCCAACAGACGCUGUUCGACUUGACUGUUGAAGGUUUUUUCCAUCUUUCAGAUGAUGAUUGUGCGGAGCAAUCACGAUUCGAGCAACCGAAGCAACAAGUUGACUACAUCGACAGAGUAAUUAGCGCACAUCAGACGCAGACGCCUCGAAGCAUUCCAGCCGAUGGCACUGAGAGAGGCAGCCACAAGAGACCUGUCGCCAACGCCAAAGCGCGAAGUGCCGAACUAAACAAUCCUUUUGUCGGACAAUCCAUGGGAGAAAUGGACAGCAACCACCCGUCAAGUUCGACGGCACUCGCCCGAAUUCCCCCUCCUCCGAUGAAGACCCCUCCGAGCAUGGCAUCUUCGUCGGCAAACGAAAUCCCUCAAAAGAAGAACAAAGACCGAGAUAUGGGUCAGGCGUGCAGUGACUUCGCUAAUUUGUAUGACUACGAUCUGAUUUAUUGUGUUGUUCUCAAGGAAGACCUACAUGUCGAAACUGGAUUGCGGAUGCGACCUCUGCUUGCCUAUGGCCAACAUGGCACUAAAGCGCUACCUGAGCUAACACCUGAGAUCCACCUCCGUGCCCUUCGCUCCAAGGACUGCGUGGAGUGGCACAACAUGCAAUGCGAGUACAAAGCCGGCGACUACGCUAUAGGCUACAUGCUUCCUGUCCAUCCAGAAGAUGUCGAAAGUGGAACUGGUGUUGUCUUGGGAGCGUUCCGACUACCAAGAGCUCAUGGGUAUGAGGAGAGACACCCUGACCAGGAGAGACAAACCCUUAUCGACUUUGCCAAGAAAUUUUCCACUAUGUGUCUACCCAAAUCACGCCUGCCGACUGAGAGAUGGGAGACCGAAUGGUCCACGCAAGGCUUUAAAGGCCAACCUACGAUCAAGAGAUCCCACACCGACCAUGUCGCCUCUAGUGCCUUUCCAGCAAAUGAGGCUGUCGAGGUCACGUUUGGUGACGAGGCUUCCUACAAGUACUCGACAAAUGUUAGUCAUUCCGCGUUCACACCCAGCCCCUUUCCCGGAAGUGAGGCCACGGAAGCUUCCUUUGAUGAAGAGCGUGUCUACCAAGCCUCCAGAAAUGCCGUACCCAAUCCCGUCUGGAAUCCAUUUAACCCGGUCGCGCAAAAUCCAUAUAACCCGGUCGCCCAAGGUCCAUUCAGUCCGAUGAUCCAAAAUCCAUUCAACCCGGUUGCCUAUGGCCGAUUCAAUCCGGUCACGCAUGAUCCAUUCAACCCGGUCGAACAUGCUCCUCUUAGCGAAGAGGAUUCUCACGGGUCCACGACAGAGGCAAGCCAUGCCGACGUCUACCCACGCAAGAUGGAAGUUGUACAGGCUAAAACCAGCAACGGCCGCAAGUUUUCAAAAACUGUUAAGCGAUUCGGAGCCGAAAUGGUUCAACAAAUGGGUCGUGGAGGCUUUGCUUAGAAGCAGACACACAGUUAGGCUUAUUCAACCCAAGGUCAUCGAACAGGACCUCUUCCACCUUGAAAAAUCUCCUGGCUCUCAAUUGAUCCAGUGCGUUGACGGCAUCUGUGCAGCUCCAUCCUAUAAUAUAAGGACUCAUCG